AUGGGCCUACCCGACGGCCCGCUCCUCGACGCCGUUCGCGCGGCCGCCGCGCGCGCCCACGCCGCGCAAAACGAUGUCUCGCGCCUGCAGGAGGUCGCCGACGGCAAACUGGCACGGCUGCAGGCGACGCACGAUGCGGAGCGGGCGCUGCGCCGGCGGGCAGAGGCUGAGGUGGCGGUCCUCGGCCGCUGCUUGCGCGACGCAGAGGCGUUUCACGCGCUGCGCGAGGUGCAGGCGGACGUGCGCGCCGCCAAGCAGGCGCAGCAAGCGCAGGCGCUGCGUGCCGUGCUGGAGCACCAGUCGAGGGCCGGGGCGCACGCGCGCGUCGCGAAGCUCGAGUAUGAGCGCGAGCAGCUGCUGCUGCGGCUUGCUCGGCUGGAGGAGCAGCGCUCGGCCCUCCGCUCGCAGCAGCAGCAGCAGCAGCAGUUGCUGCAGCUGCAGCGGGAGCAGCUGCAGCGGGAGCAGCUGCAGCGGGAGCAGCUGCAGCAGCAGGCGGUUCGGCCCAGGCUCGAGCACGAGCACGUGCCGCGUGCGCCUGCCGAGGCAGUCGCCAAGGAGGAGCGCCUGGAGGCGGAUGGCUGCGACGGGACCGACUCGGCGCUGGCAAAUGUGGCUGAGCUGAAGGUGGCUGAGCUUGAGGCGGCGCUCGCCCUCGCCCGAGGCGAGGCCGCCCUCCUCGCGCAGCGGUGCGGCGCGCAGCAAGCGUUGCCCUCCGGGUCCGCGGCAUCUACCGGCGAGGCUUCCGAGGCCGAGCCGGCCGAGGCGGCUGAGGCGGCCCCAGCUCCGCGCUGCGACUCUGCGCGCAGCGAGGUGUCGCUGGAGGUGAAGGGGGAGGUGCAGGGGCUGCGCGAGCAGCUGGAGCGGGUGAUGGCGCGCUUUGCGUCGCAGCCCGCCGAGAGGGAAUCUGGCCGGGCGGACGGGGCUGACGGGACGGGCGGCGGCGCGAUGGGCGAGGCCUUCAGCUGCGUCGAGGGCGAGAUUGAGCAGCUCGAGCUCGCGCUUCAGCUCGCGACAAAGUACGCGAGCCUCACGCCGGUCCUGCAGGCGCAGUCAGCGCGCCUCUCCUCCUCCCGCCUCUCCUCGAGCAACUCCACGCCGCGGGGCCGCACCACGCCAGGCAGCUCCGAGGGCAGCCUCGCCGGCACAAGCCUCGCCAGCCGCUCGUCUGCAGUCCCACCCAUGGCGAUGCGCUGA